GUGGGCGUGCCUCUGCCUCCACACUUCCUGUAUCCUCGCGUCGCGUCAUCCGCGUGGGAGCAUAAAAACAACGGAGGAGGCGUCGUGCAGAAAAAGAGUUUGUUGCUUUUCUCCUGCUUCUCCACGGAAACUUUUCAACAUGGUGCAGCAUCUGUCCAAACCCGGAGCGAAGGAGGCUCCUGUGCUGAAGGCUGGCCACCCUCCUGCAGUGAAGGCUGGAGGUAAACGAGUGGCCAAGAAAAGCCUGGAUGAGGGAACCACCCAUGGGACUCAAGAGAAGGAGACCAAGAGGUCUGACAAAAUCAGGUCCGUUGCCACCGCCAACAGGAUGCAGCAAGUUGGCAUACUCCUGGCAGGAACUCUGGACAAGCUGAGCCAUGACUUCCCCGAGACGCCGGUGAGCGUGAGGCACAGCAAGGUGCGCCCUGCGGUGGAGAAGCCCCACUCGCCCCGCACCUUUUUCAUUCAGCAGCCGAGGAAGUUUUGAACAGCGCGUGUUUCCGACUGCGCCCGGGGGGAGCCGCGUGAAGUCAACUGUGAAAGACAAACACGAGGUGUUAGACACACGAGGGGUUCUGACAGGUUGUUUGUGAUGUGUUGAUGGAAACAGAGCUUUCUUCACGCUCUGUAUUUACUCUGUAGAAAAGUGAAGCUGCCUUUUUUUUCAGGCUGCAUGAUUGUGAGAAUAUUAUAAUCCCAUGUUGUAGUUGUAUUUUCCAGCUGAUGGGAUGAACGAUGGCAGUUUGGCACCAGUAUGUUGAGAGGGGGUUGUAAGUGAGGGUUUUUGGGUAUUGCUUGGCACUUAUUAGAUAAAUAAAAAAA